UCAUGUCUCUGCGCCACUGAGGUUUGCACACAUUAGGAUUUAAGUCAAUCGUUCUUGAUGAUAAUUUGUAGUUUCUAUGCUGUAGUUUCUAUAUCCUGAUUAAAGAUUUUACCUUUAGCGUUUAAGCUAAUUUAGCGCUAUAUAAUAAAUGUUGAUGUGACUAGGGGUAUUUCAGACCACACUUGACGGACAACAUCAUGACCAGUUGACUACAUGGUGCUAAGCCAAAUACCCACCCAGCUGCAGCGCCCGUUUUUCUCUCUCGCAGCUGUCAUUUGGAAACAUUGCGUUAAAUUAAGUCUUCUCUAUGGCUAGUUAAGGACUAGCCAUUUGUUUUUGUACCUUUGACAUGGAGGUGUGUUUUUAGUUUUGCGUCUGCGAUAAAGCUUUUCGAGUAUUCUAGCCUCUCGUUUUAGCCGUUCGUCUGCACUGUAUUAGGGGAUCACAGACGGGCAGAUGUGAAACAGACGCGUGAAGCUCGAGGAGGAAAAAUAAAGAAUUGCCAUAUUGCCAUACAUCGAAUGGAAUGGUUUGUGUAGGAAGACGUGAUUUGCAUCUGGGAAAUAACCUUAGCAACCGGAGAAUCCUGAACACCCAUUGACUGCAUCGCCGCUUUUACGUAGAAGCAUUAUUUUAUCACUGACAUCCCAUUUUCAGCACCUUGGACAACGACGAACACGUUGGUUUCACGGCGCGAGGAAGCGAGAUUAUUGCCGCGUUAUUCGAUUCGGAUUAUUCUUUAUAUGUCAAGACUUUUUUAUACAUUAAACACAGCACGGAAGACGCAUUCAUUGGCAUAUAUUCCAUAUCUACAAAUCUCCUUAUAAUAAAGGCAUCAUGGGAACUGUCCUUUCAGUCUCCCCGAGCUACCGUAAGGCUGGCCUCUUUGAUGAAAUACCACCCCCUCUGGCACAUUACACAGCUGUGCAGAACAGCAAAAACGCCAAGGACAAGGGCUUGAAACGGCAGUCCCUCAUUAAUGUCCUGCCAUGGAAGCGCAUUGUGGCGGCUUCAGCCAAAAGAAAGGGCUCUAAGAAGCUGGCCUCUGUUGACAGUCAAGAUGAAGAAAGUGUGGGCACCCUCAACAGCCAAAACCUGAAGAAAUCCCAGUCCUGUGCCAAUCUUUCCAACUUCACCCAAGAACCAGCUGUGAGCUCCAUACCCACAUCUAAGACCACUGCCAAUGUGGCCUCUACUGCAAAAAGGACCUCAGUCGCUGGAUCUGUGAGCCAAGCCACCAAUGCAGGCACACCCAAAAGAGUGAUCGUGCAGGCUUCCACCAGCGAGCUGCUAAGAAGUCUGGGUGAGUUCCUGUGCCGACGCUGCUACCGACUGAAGCGCCUCUCCCCCGCUGACCCUGUAUUGUGGCUGCGCAGCGUGGACCGGUCACUUCUGCUGCAGGGUUGGCAGGACCAGGGCUUUAUUACCCCAGCUAACGUGGUCUUCCUCUACGUGCUCUGCCGUGAGGUCAUAUCAGCGGAGGUGUCCAGCGAACGCGAGCUGCAGGCUGAGCUCCUCACUUGCCUCUAUCUGUCUUAUUCCUACAUGGGGAAUGAGAUUUCUUACCCACUCAAGCCCUUUCUGGUGGAGACAGACAAAGAUGCCUUCUGGAAUCGCAGCUUGGCUAUCAUCAACCGCAUGAGUAGCAAAAUGCUUCAGCUUAACUCUGACCCACAUUACUUCACCCAGGUUUUUGCUGACCUUAAGAACGAGAGUCAGAAGGAAGAAGAGAGCCGACUGCUCAUUGGCCUGGAUCGAUAAGUGAGCUUUGUGCAUAAAAAAACAUUUAAAAAAAACUCUUUAGUGUCAGUAUUAGUAUUAAAACUUUAUUCAAUUGAAGCUUCCGAGCAUAGUAUUGAAGCUUAUUUGUAGCAAUGAAUGACUUUGGAUCAGACAUUGUAAACCUUGUAAAGACCUUGCAACAGUUUAACCAGGACACCACCACCACAAACAAGAAGGUGUAAUCUGACCAGUUGUGUGGCAUUUUUAAGGUCAACUGCCAGAUAUAGCAGAUGCUUCAUCACAAUGGCAACAGACAAGGAGUCAUCUUGACCAACAGUGCAGCAUGUUGAUCUUCCUGAAAUAAUCACAUCUAGAUCAAAACAUGAUCAGCAGUCUUUUUUAAUUCUUAGUAAAUUCUGGUUCACAAUAAAAACUAAAACCCCUUAAUUGAAAGCCUAGAUUUGUGCACACAACAGACUGACUAGUUUGAAAACGGGACAUAUUCAGUGGAGCCACGCUAGCAACACUUUCAAAACAGAAGCAAACCAAAGACUCAGCUUAACCUCAGCGCUAGUUCGACCUUCUUGGUACUACAGUUUCUUCAUGAACAUUAAUCCCACACAACAAAUUCAACAAAUUCCUCUGUUAGGAUCCCAUGAACUACUGGUCAGGCUGUCUCUUGCAAGGCAUCAUGUCUUCAAGGUGUUUUGUUCGUUAAGCAUAUCCUAGUGGCCUUUAAGAAGGUCUGGGUCUCAAACUGCUGCAGGAACAGAACCAUUUCAUGAGACGGUCUGUCCAACCGUUGUGAUGAGUGACAAACAACUAUGUAUUGGAGGUCAAAUUAUUUAUGAUUGUUUGUGAUGACGAACUGACUGCACAAUGUUCAAAAGAAUGGAAUUUCCAACUUCAAGAAAGAACAUCCCUCUGUUUCCAUUAUACGCCCUCUUUUAUCUUCAAGAGAACUGAAAAUCUCUAAAGGGGAGCAAAUUACCGGCGAGGUAGAUAUUUUCUGGAUUUUCAAAAACAAGUACUGUAUGUUCUUAUACGGGUGUUAAUGCAUGCUUCUUUGACCAACCACACACUUUUUAAAGAUCUCUGUUUAUGAUUUGAUGGUCACCAUUUUUGUAUGAUUUUCUUUUGGACAGUGCUGCAAACUAAUGUGCCAUACAGACAUAAAAGUUAAAGUUGUCAGAACAGCAGCCAAAACUACAGCAAGCUUUUAUAGCCUUCUCAUUAGGAAGAGAUAUUUUUGAAGGAAAAAAGAAAUAGGAAAUCACAGAAAGACAGUAGCAAGAGAAAUAAAAUGUCACAAAUAUUUUGUAAAAAAACAAAAACAAAGGAAAGAAAAAACAUUUCAGUGUUUUAUUUAUAGUUCAUCAUAACCAGAAGUUCAUUAUUAUGCAUAAGUACAUAAAACAAAAAUGCCCUAGAAAACAUAUCAGACAUUUUAACAACACAUAAAAUUAGCAAAAUAAAGCAUUGCUAUUGUAAAUAGCGUAAUCAGUGUUGUUAUAAGAGCAGAGUUAUCAUCCAUUUUAUGUCAAUCCAUUUUCGAAGAAUGCACUCGGCCAAUCAGGUUUGAAUAAAUUUCAACCGAUUUCAACUAUUUUUUAUUAUUUCUCCCCUGAAUUUUAUGCAACUCAUAAAAUAGAGUUGUCCACAAUCUUACUUAAUGUGACACACAUUGCAAACCAGUGUUAAUAUUUUGUGUUUGCUGAUGAGAUAUUUUGAAAUUCCGCCAUUCCCAUAAUGGAAUUAGUCAGUAUACCGCUCAAGAACAAGAGGUCAGAUGCUUCCUUUGUCAAGGAUGAUCAACAAUGAUCAGAGAAAGACUUUGAGUAGUUCACAGGUUCAACACUAUUUGCAAAGAAGCGGUUGAAUAGAUUUUUCAGAAGCUUGACAGGCCUCCGUAAAAAGGAGCGUUUCAAUAUGUAAAUGCUGACACACUGGCAUUUGUUAUUUACCAACUGUGUCAGGAUGUAAUUUCACUAUGAUUAGUUUCCUGUAGCACACAACUGAUCAAAACUCAGAUGGCAGGUCGCUGUGACCUGAUUGCACUAUGUUAGCAAUAUACAUGUAAAUCUAACUAAACUGCUAAAGUUUAUGCACACAUGAAGUUGUAAAGAUAACAGACAACAAGUCCAUCAUUUAUUUCUGUACAUUUUUUUUUCUUUUUGGUAUCUUGCAUUUACAUUUAUCACCCACGCUUUAUGUCUAGCCAUAUUCUGGUAAAACACUGAUGGUGCUAUUAAUGCAAAGAUCAUGUCCUACCCAUAAGCAAGACCUUUAUCGUUGGUUAGCUGAAUGUAAUAAAGUCUUGUGCACUACAUAGGGCAAACGACUGUACAUGCAUUGAUGCUGUACUACUAUGAAUAUGUGGCUAAAAUAAGAUGUAAUGAUAACUGGCCGUAAUAGUAAAGGGUGGGAAAGGGGGCAUCAAUUACAUAUAAACAACACUUCCUCUUGUCAUAGACAAUUUAAGAAACAAAAAUGUGUUAUUAUGUUUCAUACAAUUCUUGUGGUUGAUGUAACAUUCUCAAAAAAACUGUAUAGCAACAAGAUACUGGAAUUGUAUUUUUCUCUUUUCCUUAGGUUUCACGUUUUGUGAACUUUGUUGAGAAACAUGAAACAAAAAUGAGACGUAACUAAAAUAUAUUUAAAGAAGCAAUCUGUUACAGUAUAUGGGUGUGUAUGAAUGUGAGUUUGUGCAAUGACUUUGGUCAACUCUUCUAUCUACUUUAUAUAAAAAAAUUGCAUUUGCA